AUGGCGAGUCGUGCGAUCUCGCUAGAGGCAACAGGAAACAGAGUCCAAAGACUUCAAGUGGGCAGAACCAGUCCUCUACAAACUGAAAGUACUAACAUCUUACAAGAGUUCCAAUCUAGCAGACGGACAGCUCGUAGUAGGACCAGCCGCACAACAGAUGUGAGAAACGUGGAUCUGCUGUCAACUAAUGAGGAAGAAUUACUUCUACCUACAUUUGCAUAUCGGGAUCCUUCCCAACGAGCCAGGAAGCUCAAAGCAGGGACUGCAGUAGAUCUGGGUACAGACGAGCUGUUUGAUAAGAACAAAGUAGAAGAUUACUUUGAUAUUGCGUUUGCUUUAUCUGCCUUAACAGUGCAUACGAAAAACGAUACUUACAUUAGAAAACUGACUCUGUCUGGUGUAGAACAGCUGACUGACAUGGUUUUUCUGGUGCUGAAGUGUCAGGAAGUCAACCUCCAAUACCUGGAAGAUUUUACACUUUGUGGUGCACCAUACGUCACAGACCAAGGUAUUCUAUGGCUCUCACAGAUACCAGGAAUCAAAAUUAAAAAAGUUUCAAUAGAAGGAUGCCCAAAGUUAACAGAUCGCUCAUUACACAUUCUCCUGGACAUUAAUCUAGAAGCUAUUCUCAUGAAAGCAGUGUCUCGCAUAGCUUGUCUUGGUCCAACGGUAAACAAGACGGAUGUGUCAUUAAGUGGUUGUCAGUUGAUAUCUCCUCCAGACACUAUGUUACAAGCAGACCCGUGUCCUAUUGGAAAAGACAAAGAUCUUCCACUGUCGAGCUACAACUUCACUAAGUUGGUGGUGAUACAUGAAGCAGAUAAGGAGAAUGUAACAUGGAUGUUCACUGAAGACAACAGAAAGCCAGGUGAUACAGUGGCAGUAAAGAAAGCCUGGAUGCCACAUUCCAAAACAGAGCAAAAAUACAACAUAUUUGAAUGCACUGGAGGAAAGGGUUACGAGAACUGGGUGUUGAGCAAUGGUUGCAUUAUUGUACUGCCGUUCUCCAACACUGACGACAUCUCAGCCAAGAAAAUGGCGUCCCAGAUUAUGUCUAUUAUUGGCCAGUAUCCGGAAAAUGUGUUUGUACUGGGGAACAUAGGCCAGCCGGAAAGUGGAGAGGAGUUUAAGAAGAAGGUUUAUAAAGUGCUGGAAGAUUGGCACACAUACCUGACUACUAACAGUAUCACCUACAGUCGGAACCAAGAUCAUAAGAUGAUAAAGAGGCACAACUUUGAAGCACAAAUGCAAGUGGGCAUUGGUCAAACACUGAUGGACAAUGUCCAGAAUUUAAUGUCCGACAAGAUCAACAUUCCCAUAAAUCCUCCAAAUACCUAUGAAAACUCUUUGCCUACUUUACUAAUGACAGAUUUGAAGAAGAGCAAAGACUCUUUCCUGCAAUUAGCCACAGACACUUUGAAACAGGUUUUCCCUUGGCAUUGCUCCAGUUUUUUUCAAGAAACAAUCUCUGCCUUUGAUGCUGUGAUAAAUGCCAAAUUCUCAAGCAUCCUUGCCACGAUAGAAGUUUUUAAGGAUGUAAAAGUAUUCCCAGCUGAGGUGGUGAAACAGAUUGAUCCAAAUGGUGGAACCAUAGGCAUGGACAAGGCUUUGGAAGUCCUUCACACAAAGGGAAAUUGUCUGUACUAUCCCCAUGUCAAUAAAAAACCAUUGAUCAAUGACAUUGCCAACCUGACAUGUAUUACCAAUCUGGGACCUAAAGCUCCCCGCCUAACAGACAUCCCCUGGAUAGGGCAAAAUGUACCCUGCUGGAGGAAAGAUGAUUUCUACAAGUCUCGAUUUACUACUGCUAAAGAGACCCAGAGAAAUACAUUUAUAGAUGUUCUACUUGACAUGGGAAUGAUGUUCCAAUUUGCAUGGCCAUUGAAAGAUCCCAAUCAAGGAGAUCCUCUUACUUAUGUGAUGACACAAGACCUUCCUGAUAUCCCAGCUGUAUCCCUGGACGAGAUAUGGAGUCCAGGGUUACCUGAAGGAGAACACCAGAGAGAUGCUUACUUCACCUUCCCCAGUCUACCUCAAUUAUUCUUACCCUGCUUUCUCAGAAAAUUGCAGGAGGCUUCGGAGAUAGUGUUACUAUGGAAGUCAGGCCUCAUCCUUCGUCAGGGCCCAGUCAUGGUCUUGGUGGAACUCCUUACGAAUGAGAUUAAUCAAGAUUUGCCUACUAUUGUAAUCAGCGCUCGUGUUGUUACAAGCGUCAUGGUAGAUGUUCUCACCAUCACCUUUAAUAAUAUCACAGCAGUAUUAACAGGGAUGUUAAUUUCAAAGAAUAUAUAUGCAACGAAAACCUUGUGCUGUCAGCAGUGUAAUCCGACCAGGGACCGCAGGGUUGCUCUUGGUGCUUCUCAAAACUGCUGCCAUAUGUCUGAGUUCAGUUUACAACAUUUAUCAGAAAAAUCAAGAGAAUUUGACUGCAAGAAAACAAGGAAUGGUCAUUUCACCUCAAAGGAAGAGUUUGCCAGUUUAAACUCAGCAUUGCUGGAUCGACAGUCUCUGGUACCGAAUCACACAGACAUGACAAAAUUAGUACAGAAGGACUACAGAAUGGCUAAAACAGCUUCUGUCACCACUGAGCGAAACAGACAACUGUGUAACACAACACUACGUUGCCACCUCUGUAACAACUGUGCAAAAAAUGGCAUCAACUGCUAUUACAACAGGGACCCUGGCAUUACCAACAGGCAUUGUCGCUGUAGUUUCAAGGAAGAUGUGUGUUCCUUCUGUGGAGUGUGUGCUCACUGUAUCAAGGUUCUUACUGUAGCGCAUUCUGUGAUACAGCCAUGCUUUAAAGCAAAACAAUUUAAUGAGUCUCCAGACAUUCAGAAAUCAACCUGUAUCCUAGAAUUUCCAAAGGAACCUGUCCUGACUUACAAGUUUCCCUAUGCCCUCUCUUUGUCCUACUGUGGCGUAGUCAAUAUUCUGAUGCUGUCUGACGUAGCUGAGUUGACAUUUACCUUCACCAAAAUUGCAACCAAAUCAGGACACAAAUGGAAAGUAUCAGAAUGUAACACUGGGGACCAAUUGGAAAUCAGGGUUAUACCUAAAAAGAUAAGUGGCUCUUUUAGCACAGUGCUUCUUUUGAAAAAGAAUGGUAUUCAGCUCAAUUGUACAUCUACUGAUUCACAACGACAGCUCGAGUUAAGUCUUCAGGGAAAUGCUAGAGAUGACAAAUUGAAGAUGAUGGUUACUGCCCCACAUUGGAUGCCUAUGGGCAAAAUCAAUGAAUCCGAGAAGAGCUUGGAUUUAGUUCCGUGUUGUAAUCCUGCCUUUCCUACAAAAUCUGAGAGACAGAUGACAAUGAUGUAUGCUUCAGUGGAAGAACAGCUACACACGAUGACAAAAAAGUCCACAGCUGUAGUUGGAGUUUUAUUACCAAUGAAUUUGACUGUCGACAAAAUUCUGUAUCCUACCAUGGGACUAGUGAAGGACCAGAAAGAUCAUCUUUACCAUCCGAUCUGUACUGGAGACAUGAAAAGUAUUGAAGCAAACAGAUGGCCAGCAGUCAACCUUAUUCAUCUAGUGAAUAAUGAGGGCAUUCCAGUAACAGAGUAUGAAAAACUGAAGAUGCCUGAGUACCUCAUCUGGGGUACACUUGUCAUCUUAUGCCACUACAAAAAGCUGGAUUUGCCUCCCUUUGAUAAGCUCUUUCCACAGCUGGCCCCUGCUCAUGUAAACAAUCUACAGAGCAGCCUUUUGUCAUAUGGAGUCCAAAGAAUCUUGAGAAUGGUGGCAGUCAACAUGUCCUUCACCUUAAAGGAGGUGGCCGUGUGGAAGGCUAGAGUUAAUGUUCAUGUGACAAUGAAUACUUUUCUCAAACGGAAUAUAAACAAAUCUGGACUGAAGCUCAAAGAUCGAAUGUUCCUCUGCCCUGGCCAUGAAGCUUGUCUUCAGUCUGAAUCUAAAUUGGCAGAAUUUAAGACUGACAUUUUCCAAAGAUACCAGCCCUUUAUUAGCCAGAUUCAGAGACACAACAAGUGUCUAGAGACAAUCCAAAAAACAGCUUUCGAAGAUCUCCCUAAUUUACGUUCAUUUUCUGUACAAAAAAACUUCCUUGAAGUUUUACCAGACACAAUAGUAAAAUGCAAGUUCUUGAACGAGCUGUGCUUGGCAGAAAAUGAUCUGUUGGAUCUACCCUCUGCUUUGUAUAACUGUACAGAACUGACUCAUUUGGACAUUAGCAGUAACAGAAUGGAGAAAUUACCUAACGUUAUUACACUCAUGGGAAAUCUUAGGGUUCUACGUGCUGACAACUUAAUGUUAAAGCAGUUGCCAGAUGCCAUUGGUAACUUGGCAAGAUUGAAUGAACUGAGUCUGAAUGGCAACUGUUUGACAACUCUGCCGAAGACUUUCAAGAACCUUAAACAGCUGACAAGUCUCUCUCUGGUCGGAAUCAAGUGGCUGGACAAUAAAAACAACCUCCUCCUAUCUAAAGAGAACUUUGUGACAUUCCUCGAAAAGGAAGGCAUUAAGAGAUGGAUUACAGCCAACCCAGAGGUAAUGGGUGAAGAGGACAUGUUUAAAUUGUUUGACCUGGAUAAUAGCGGGACUUUGGACACACAAGAGAUUGCCAAGGUUAAUGCCAGCCUCUUCACUAUUUUUCCAAGGUUCGGAUACAAUGGAAGGGACCCCCCAGAUCCCACAGAUUUGCCAUUAGGUGGUGUUCCUGAAGAGAUAUUAGGACUCAAGGCUCUGGUUAACCUAGAUCUUAGUUACCAAGGAAUUAUCACCAUACCUGAUAAUAUCAAAGACUUGAACAAAUUAGAGAAGCUCCACCUCAACAGUAAUCCCUAUUUAUUGUCACUGUCUGCUGAGAUUGGACGUUGUCCUUUGUCAGAGUUAAACCUUGUUGACUGCCCAGUACUGAAGACUCCACCUAAAGAGAUCAGGGAUCGUGGCUUUAGGACAACUUACGCCUACCUCAAACGUCUGCUGACAGGAUCUGUGGACUGUAAACGAACCAAACUGAUGUUGGUGGGACUUGGUGGAGCUGGUAAAACCAGUUUGGUAAAGUCAUUGAUGUCAAAAAACCAAAAAUCUAAUCUGACUGGCGCGGAAGCAAUCACUGAUGGAAUUGACAUCUGUACUUGGGAUGUAAAACACGACAAAGACACAAUAUCCUACAGUGUGUGGGACUUUGCUGGUCAGACUGUAUACUACAACACACAUCAGUUUUUCCUUUCUGACCGAGCUGUGUACCUGCUGCUAUGGAAUAUACGACUUGGACAUGAACAUGCUGGUUUGAACUUUUGGCUCAACUCAAUCACAGUACAUGCUCCUAAGGCCCCCAUCUUUGUUGUGGGCACCCACACUGACCAGAUGUCAAAAGUAGAGCUUCCCAUGGAUGUAAUGAAAAACAAAUACCACCAGAUAGAGGGAUUUCACUUCGUCAGCUCAAAGGAUGGAAAUGGUAUCCCAGGGCUGAAGCAAGAAUUGUUUAAAGUGACUCUACAACAGGAAUACAUGGGAGAGAAGAUUCCUCAGGCAUGGCUUCAACUAGAGAAACUUCUCACUGAUGAAAGAGACAAAAAUAAAGUGCUUGACUUCAAAACAUUGGAAACAAAAGCUGUUGAUGUUGGUAUUGUUGAUUCAACUGAGAUAUCUCAAGCUGUCCAGUUCUUACAUGACCUUGGCAUGAUCCAACAUUUCUCCAAUGAGAACCUCAGAAAUCAAGUGAUCAUUGAACCACAGUGGAUUGUAGAUGUGAUGGCAUGUGUCGUCUGUGUAGACCAGGCUGUCAUCCAGAAUGGUCGACUAAAGCAUGCAGACAUUAAGAAAAUUUGGAAGAAUCACACAAAGAUGGCUGACUGGUUGCUGAGACUGACUGAGGAAUUUGACUUGACCUUCCAAUUAGAGAAGGAAAAAUGUAACAUUGUACCAUGUCUGCUUCCAGAGAAAUGCCCUGAUUUUUCCUGGCCACAGAUACAACAGGAUGAAGGAAUCUUUGAAACAAAAAUGAUCUACAAGUUUGAUUAUUUACCAGGAGGUCUUUUCAACAGGGGGCAGGUAAGACUUCACGGUGUCUCAGAGGAGUCUGUCUUAUGGAAGAGAGGUUCUUUCAUCAAGAAGAAUGGGCAGUUGGCUUUGGUGCAACAGAUUGGGGAGUCCCUGCUUCAUGUCAAAGUUCAAGGUCCGAGGCCAGACAACCUGCUUUUUUUCAUACAUGAAGUGUUUGAAAGCCUGAUCAAGGAAUCCUUCUAUGGUGUUGCCUAUGAAUGCAAGAUACCUUGUCCUGACUGUGUUAACCAGUAUGUGAAAGACCCUCACAUGUUUAAGGAAUCUGGUGUCCGGCGAGCCCUGGAACUUAAAGCACCAUUCUUACAGUGUCAUAAAUACUUUCACACCUCUCCUGUCCUCAGUCUCCAAGGCAUUUUGGCUCCAGACAGCAGUAAAGACUAUGAAGUUCAUCUGAACAAUGAUGUUACUGCUCUCAAACAGAUGCAGAGCGAGAUGUCAGUGGAUAUAUUCAUCUCCUACUGCGAAAAAGAUGCACCCAAAGACAGGUCAAAGGUCAUACACCCAGCAGAUGUUUGCAAUGACCUAGAAAAGGAGGGUUAUACAUGCUAUUUUCCUCAGGGAAAGGAUUUAACAUCACGAGAAGAGAUGGCCAGGAGGCUUGUGCAUGCAUCUGUUUUUCUUGUGUUUAUCUCCAACAACUACGCAAAAGACAAAAUCUGUUGUGACAUGUACAAAUAUGCUGUGAACACCAUGAAGAAAAUGACAAUCUGUGUGACUGUAGGGGAGAACUUCAACUGGCAGGGGAGUACCUCUCUGGGAGUCUUUAUCAGUGAUGUGAUUUUUGUUAAUAUGAUCAACUCCAAGAAAUCUGUGUACAAAUCUAAAUUUGAUGAGCUAUUAGAUGCACUACAGAAGAAUGAGCAGAUCAGUGUUGGGAAGCAGGAAAUGCACAGUAAAGCUUGUUUUAUCAGCUACGCUUGGGUGAACUCCAACCAAGCUGUCCAGCUGGGCUCAACGAAAAAGGAGGAGGCUCUAGGAUUUGGAGAUCCUCGGGAGAUCAAGACAUUUCUGGAGGAGAAUGGGGUGUCUUGUUGGAUUGAUGUUGAACAGAUCAAUGUGAAUGACCAGCUGUUCCAUAGACUAUCCAAGGGCCUGGCUGAGUCUCGUGUCAUGGUGGCCUGCUUAUCUGAUGAGUACGCUGUCUCUGAGAACUGUUGUAAGGAAAUCAGGUUUGCAAUUCAACUGAAACUGCCAAUCAUUGUCGCAGUUGUUGGGACUGGAAAUACCUGGAGGUGUUCAGAGGUUGGUUUCCAUGCCAAUGGUCUCCCUACUGUUGAUUUCCAGCAACCUUCUGAUAAUUCCCACAAUCGACUGUUGUCCCUUGUACAGGAAAGCAUGCUGCCAGAACGUCAGGAGGACAUUGAAGAGAAAAAACGAAAGAUAGAACUGGCUAAUGCCACUAAAGCUCAGAUCUCUUUCCAGGAAAUGUUUGAGUUAGCCCAGAGGAAGUUUCUGCGAGAAAUUGCAAGAUAUGCCAGUGAACAAGACAUUGAUACAUAUCCCCGACUUUUUGCAAUUGAUAUUAUGGCUAAGCCAGGUAAAGAAGCCGACACUGAGGCAUCCAAAGAAGAAACAGAAACACAAAGGUCCUACAGCAUCUAUACCCUGUGUGAAUGUGAACAGGGAUGGCACAGUGUAGCAGAUCCAAUACUGUUGACACCUUCACAAGAAGCUGGAGUGUGGCUGCUAGAUCCAUCAAAGUUCCACAAUGAGACUAUGGAUUUGAAUGACUUAGCCCCUUAUCUUGCUCGAAUCACGUUAGUGAUGGAACACAACCCAGACUUUGUUCUAAGACUUCACAACGAUGCAGAGGGUCAACAGUUCAUCACACAGAUAGAGGAUUUAGCUUUGAACAACAACCAAGAUUUUCAGAAAUCUUAUCACAAACUUCGAAAGAGAAUGUUUGAGCUUGAUUCUGAAGGAGAAAAGGGAAAGUUGAAGAGGUGUCGUCUGCCAAGUGGUAAGAUCGUGUGGCUGUGCAAGGAUCACUCCAUCAAACUCAAGGUCAUGGUUUUGAGUGAGGAAUCAGCAGAGAACAAACACAAAGUUGCUAACCAGCCCUGGUUAGAUGCCAUGUUGGACUGUUUGAAAGUUCAACAAAACGCUCCGUUUGAAUUUAAAGAGAAUAAGAAAAGUAAAAGACUCCAAAAAAUCAAACCAGAGGUGAAGGAUAUUGAAAAGCACUUGAGACGGUCAAUGUCUCGCAGUGCUUCCAUCAUGGAAAAAGAACAGCUCUCUCUGGCUGUAUCUUCCUUGAAAGCUGAAACAUCUGCAAAAAGUGAGGAAAAACAUUCAGGGACCACUAUCUCCAAUGUGUCUUCUCAAAAGUAUGAACCAAUGACAACAACAGAAUCUCAGAGGUCAUCAAAAAUCUCCCUCACAAAAAAGGAAACAGUCUCAGAGUUAGCAAAAAUACCACAAACAACAGAACCCAUUAAAAAAACCAAGGCAGAUGAGAAAACUAGUGAUGGAAAUCUUAAUGAAGUCAAAAUAGAAUCACAAACUGAUAAGGAAUUAUUACAAGACAAUAACCCACCAAGCCAGCACCAGCCGGAUAGAAAAAGACAUAAUUUGUCAGAACAAAAACACUAUAAAACUCAGGCUCCUCCCAAACCCCUCAGACAACCACAAAACACACAGAAAAGUGCUGCAUGCAUACUGCUUUAG